AUGUCAGGUGUUACAAGAGCCAAAGUCUUCUUUGAUGUUUCCCAUGGUAAAAAGCCAUUAGGCAGAAUCGUCUUUGAAUUAUUCAAUGACGUUACACCAAAAACCUCUGAAAACUUCAGAGCUUUAUGCACUGGUGAAAAAGGUGUUGGCAAAGCUGGCAAACCAUUACAUUACAAGGGUUCAAAAUUCCAUCGUGUAAUUCAAAAUUUCAUGUGCCAAGGAGGUGAUAUUACAAUGGGUAAUGGUUAUGGUGGUGAAUCAAUCUAUGGUCGUACAUUCCCAGAUGAAAACUUCAGCGUCAAACACUCAAUUGGUUGUUUAUCAAUGGCUAAUGCUGGUAGAAAUACCAAUGGUUCACAAUUUUUCAUUACCACUGUUGAAACCCCAGGUUUAAAUCAAAAACACACCGUUUUUGGUAAAGUUAUUGAAGGUUUUGAAAUUGUUAAAAAAAUUGAAUCUGUUCCAGUUAACAGAGACGAUGCUCCACUCGAAAAUGUUAUCAUUGAAGACUGUGGUCAACUUUAA